AUGUCAUACCCGACAAGAUCACUUUCAGCACAAAUGCGGCCCCCCAGUGGCGCUGCAGCUUCUUCCUCGCAAUCGCCGGCACUAGUCGCACGAAUUGAAGAAAAAAAAGCUGAGCUGCAGAGCUUGAAAGAGCUACAAGACCUCAGCAGAGCAGUGGCAAAUCAGAUGGAGGCUUUGGAACAGAAGUUAAAUACUCUUUCCGACGGGACUGAAGCCAUUGCAGCUGUAAUGAGCAACUGGCAUAACGUGCUACGAGCUAUCAAUAUGGCAUCCACAAAACUCGCUAAACCGUCGGGCGACACCUCCAUGGAAAAUGGAUCCAAAUCCGACGAUGCGCUUCCUCAGACUUUAGUCCGAAUACCCACUGAACAUGCGCCAACACUACAAGCUCAGGCCGAGGCGAUUGAAACCGCGGCUGCCGAAGAAGAUUCAGCCGUGACCACGUGA